AAUAGCAUCACACAACCUACAACUCUCUCUCUCUCUAACUCUCUCUCUCUCUCUCUCUCUCUCUCUCAAUUAAUCAUGUCCAGCCCAAAGCAACCCCACUUGAACGGAGCCUACUACGGCCCCUCAAUCCCACCACCCCCGUCAAAAUCUUACCACCGCCCCGGACGCGGCAGCAGCUGCAACCCCUGUUCCUGCUUCUUCGGCCUAAUCUUUAAAACCCUCUUCACAGUCCUCUUCACCGUCGGCCUCCUCGUCUUUCUCUUCUGGCUCGCCUUCCGCCCCAACAGGGUCAAGUUCCACGUCACUGACGCCGCCCUCACCCAGUUCAACCUCAACACCACCACCAACACCCUUUACUACAACCUGGACCUCAACCUCACCAUCCGGAACCCCAACAAGCACAUCGGGAUCUACUACGACCGCAUCGAGGCGCGGGCGUUUUAUGGCGGCCAGCGCUUCGCCUCGUCGUCGACGCUGCCGCGGUUUUACCAGGGGAAGAAGAACACCACGGAGUUGAACGUGGUUUUGAAGGGGCAGAAUAUCGUGGUGGCGGGCCAGGGGAAUAAUGAUGAUCUCUUGUCGGAUUACAAUUCGGAAAAGGCCUCGGGAGUUUACGGCAUCGAUGUCAAGCUUUAUCUUCGGGUUAGGUUCAAGCUGCGUACGCUUAAGACUCCGAGGUUUAAGCCCAAGAUCGAGUGCGAUCUGAAAGUGCCGUUGGAUUCGAAUGGGAAAGCGUCUGCUACUUUUCAAACUACCAAGUGUGGAUUCGAUUGGUAAUUUGUUAACUGAUACUCCGGAGACAUCUAUUGCGAUGAACAUUUACACCGCUGGUGUAUAUUAUUAUUAUUUUUUCUUUUGGCGUUUGUUGAUCUAGAGUCUUUAGUUAUGUUUCUAGCUCCAUAUUGGGAUUAUUUCGUUCGUUGUAUUUUAUUUUCUUUAGUGCCGUUUCUGUGAAUAAAAUAAUGGAUGAUUAGAUUUUUUCUUUUCA